AUGUUUCGAACCCAAUGCCCCGCACUCUUGCGACACAUAAAAUUACCUCGCAAACAUAUCUUUCAUGCUCGCACCCUCAGCAUAACGACUACGCGUUUUUCCAACUUUGAUGGUCUUGUCUUGGGUGUGUACAAGGAUGGAUCGUUAACCGAGACAACAGCGAACGACAUCCCCAGCGCGACUAAGGAAGUGAUACAUAACCAGCUAAAACUAUCGGGAACAAAAGGGAAGUUUGGCGAAGUCAGAACACUGUAUGGAUUAGAAGGUCUUGCCGAUCAGGUUGCGCUUGUGUCAUUGAAGGAAAAAGACGAUACACAAGAACUCAGUAAGGCUUUGGAAAAAUCUAGGAAGGCGGUAGCAAUCGGUGUUAAGCGACUACGUGAUCAAGGUGCCAAGGCGGUUGGAAUCGAUGUUAUGAGUCAUGAACACGGCGCAGCGGAAGGUGCCACGCUCGCUCUCUACAGUUUCGACUCUUUCAAAUCACCAUCAUCCCGUAAACCCGAAGUCAAAUUUCAGAAAUUCUCCCACCUGCUGUCUACUUCUGAUUCUUCUAUAGCCAACGAUUUAUCAUGGGAAACAGGACUUGUCUACGGUGAAGCACAAAAUUUUGCUCGUACUCUUGCUGAAACUCCUGCAAAUCUCAUGACACCUACAAUCUUUGCUGAGAAGGUGAAAGAGAAGAUAGCCGAGUUAGAAGGCGUUGAAGUGAUCGUAAGAGAUAAAGCGUGGGCAGAAAAGAUGGGGAUGAAUGCUUUCUUAUCAGUUGCUAAGGGAUCUGACGAACCAUGUCAGUUUAUGGAGAUCUGGUAUAGAGGUGGAGAACAUAACGAUAAGCCUUUGGCAUUGGUUGGGAAAGGUGUUACCUUCGACAGUGGCGGCAUCUCACUGAAACCUUCGUCGAAGAUGGCUGACAUGAAGGCUGAUAUGGCGGGAGGAGCAGUAGUCGCUGCUACUAUGUACGGUAUUGCAAAACUUCGAUUGCCGAUUAACGUAGUUUGCGCAAUCCCUCUAUGUGAGAAUAUGCCCUCAGGGAAAGCGAAUAAACCCGGGGACAUAGUGAAGGCGAUGAACGGAAAGACUAUUGAAAUUGACAAUACCGACGCCGAGGGAAGACUUAUUCUGGCAGAUGCACUUUAUUACGUAAGCUCGACGUACAAGCCUCAUACACUAGUUGAUUUGGCUACAUUGACUGGAGCAAUCGUUGUCGCAUUGGGAGAACCCUAUUCGGCUGUCUUCACCAACUCUGAUACUUUAUGGAAUGAGCUAUCUGCUGCUGGGAAUAUCGCCAACGAUCCAUUCUGGCGUAUGCCUUUUCAUUCGGAUUACAGGAAGUCUGUGACGAAAUCUACUGUUGCUGAUCUCAUUAACAAUGCGGGAAGAUCAGCUGGUGCUUGUACCGCUGCUGUCUUUCUUAAAGAGUUUGUCAAUGGAUUACAUGUAGAAGGGAGUGAAAACACGGAUGAGGAAGACACAGAAAACAAAGAUAAUGAUUCCGGUGAGAUAAUCCGGUAUGCGCACAUUGAUAUUGCCGCCACAAUGGAAUCAUCGGAAGAUACUGGCUAUUUGGUCAAGGGAAUGAGUGCAUCUGCACGUGCGUCUUAUAUCGACAUUGGUGCCACUAAUAAUCUAAGACUUCAAGAGAAAGAAUACAUGAAGUCGGAAAACAGAGAAAAGUCGCAGAAUGCAUUCGCAAGUGUGCGUGGUGUCAUUAAGACUGCUAUCCGAAGUGCUAAUGCGAGCGAGGAAAUCAUGCGAACUGCUAAAUUCUUUGCCAAUCUCGAUGGAACCAUGAAGUCUACGCAUCAGUCUAUGGAAAAGAUAAUCGCUGGAAUGGUCCAGUUGCAAGAGAGGAAUACUCAGAUGCUGGAUACUUUGCAUAUAGUUCCUCAGAUUCAUGAUGGAUUGAAAUUGGAGGAACUAGUGAGACUGUCGCCACAAUAA